AUGGCCGAGCUAUUAGCAGCCAUGCAAAACGAUGGAGAUCGAAAGAUUGAUAGCAAAAGGACAAACGCUGAACAACAUGAGGAGCAUCAGUCAGAGUCCAACGCUAAGACGGCAGAAACUCCACCCAAGUCCGGGAGACGCCGAGCUAACCCAUUCUCUGAGGAGAUAAUGAGUUAUAAAAUGCCACAGAAUUUUACACUCCCGAUGACCUUAACGCCGUACAAGGGGAUCGGAGACCCAAAAGUUCAUGUCACCAAAUUUGAAUCCAUGAUGUUUCUGAACAGUGACUGCGACCCUAUUUUAUGCCGAUCUUUUUCUACUUUCCUAGAUGGAGCUACUUUACUAUGGUUUUCUAAUUUGCCUGCAGGAUCUAUAACCAGCUUCGACGAAUUCGCCAAGAUGUUUAUCAAUCAUUUUGCAGCAUCAAAAAUUUAUGUGAGAGACUCGGAUUAUCUCAGCACAAUCAAGCAAGGCCCACAUGAAAGCCUCAAGGAUUACAUGACGCGAUUCACCACGGCGGCCAUGGAAAUCCCUGACUUAAACCCAGAAGUGCAGUUGCAUACUAUCAAAAGUGGCCUACGACCAGGAAAAUUCCCGAAAGCCAUAGUUGUGGCCAAACCGAAAACGUUAGAAGAAUUCCGAGAUAAGGCCACGGGACAGAUCGAGAUAGAGAAAUUGCGGGAAACACAGAGGAGUAAAAAACUGCCAUCACGAAAAGAUGAUGACAAGCCGAGCAGACUCAUAAAGCCACCAGUAAAAGCAGGAACGUAUCAAGAUCAAAAGUACAUAGACAAAGGAAAGUAUUGUGCAUUCCACCAGAAAUUCGGUCACACCACGGACGAGUGUGUAGCAGCCAAGGACCUAUUGGAAAGACUGGUAAGACAAGGACUGCUAGACAAGUACAUCGGUUCAAAGAGCCACAAGGAAACAGCUGACGCGAGUAAACCGAAGUAUAGCUCAGACUGA